CUUGGUUGGUGGCUCGGCUCGCUUGCUCGCAGUUCACAUCGCUCUGCAAAGGCCAGCUGACGAGCCAAGUCGCUUCGCUAGCGUUUGCGUGUCCACGCGAAUGGAAACCAUUUUCUCGGCCCUCGGCUUCUUCUGAGGAAGACUGGCGUUGCUCUCCGUCUGACGCAGGUGUGAAUCGUGGAAUGUUGUGUGCAGGGUGUUGCGAGCCGAGCUUCUAUGGCCGAGCAACCUAGCAGAUCGUGGAGCAGCGGGGGGUCAGCAGCUAUUUCAUCUUGGUCUGGCGGCGGCAGUGGGGCGGCAGCAGCCUCCUCCUCGUCCUCUUCAACUCAUCACCCUCAGCAGCACGGCGCUCCCGUGACGGAGCACAGCCGCAAGCGCGGCCUAGCCGAAAAGCAGGCGGCCGCAACAGCCGUCAGGAAAGCAGAAGACCCCGCUGGCGGUAAGAGGGGCCGCCCCUCGGCUGCCCCCUCGUCCGCCUCCAAGCGCAGCUCCAGCAGGACUGUGCCCGCCCUGUCUGCAGACCAAACUACUGUCCACUCAGGCGAUAACAGGAACGCUACAAACCCCAAGAGCAGCAGGUCUAAGAAGACUUCCAAUCCACAGUCCUCAAAAUUGUCAGGAGGAAAGCCAAGCACCGGCGCAAUCCCAAAAGUCAAGCGUUCCAGUCAAGCCACAUCCACAAGCACCUCAGAAGUUCAGAGCACAAGCAGCGAACGAGGCAGGCGCGCAGUUACGAUUGCCAGCAGUGCUGCCACCAAUUCUACAGUCUUACAACGCAAAUUGCAGAGUGACUCGAACCGCAAGCGAGGCCUGUCUACACAGUCGUCCAGCUCAACCUCCUCACUUACCUCUCAGCCAGCUAACAAGAAAGCUGCCACCAGCAGCGCUCAGCCUUCAACGUCGACUGCAAGUUCAGCGACCUCACCUAAGAAGUAUCCACUGAGGAACCAGGUUCGUCUGCUCCCUGGCAGCCAAGAGCCAGUUCCACUAGAAGUCCCAUUGCCUCCACCUGAAUACUACCCACCACCUGUGCGCCGCCGCUCGUACUCGGCAGGCUCGCCAAAGCCAAGGAACAGCAGCCGGGGCCGAUCUAGGGCCUCGAUUGCGUCGCCCUACCAUCUCACCGACUCGCAGCAGUUGGGCAAAAACUCAACCAGAGGCGCAGGCGUCAGUGCCACAGCCCCCCAACAUCAGGCGGCGGGCUCCAAGGACAACCUGAGGCGCAGCUCGAGAAGCAAAACCACCACGGGGUCCUGUGCUAGCAGCAGUGGCCGACGUUCGUCGCGCGGGGGCACAAAACUGCCUCUGGCCUCGUCCUCGCAGUCGACAUCGUCGGUUGCUCCAGGCCCUUCGUCUUUCUCGGCGAGCAGCUCCACACAUCCAGCAGCCAACGAACCUGCUGCAGCCAUCAUGAACGCAUCCUCUGGAGGCGAUGGGUGGGAAGGCUUGGCUGAAGCGGCCGCCUCUUCGUCGUCUGCCGCGGCGACUAGAGUGACGCCGCCGCCACCUCUGCCUCCACUUCUGUUGGCCUCUUCAAGUGGCGGGCCCUCUCUGCUGGCCACGGCGGCCACUGCAGGGUCAGCCCAACAAGGAGGUGCUGCCUCGGCUAGUAGCGCUGCUUCUGCCGCGGCCACUGCGGCCGCGGCUGCAGACAGCGAGAGCGACGACAGCGAGGUGGGCCUCAGCUGCACAAGCCCCUCAGCCAUGCUCCUGCAGUCAAACUCAAGCGGCAGCAGCAGCCAAUUGCUGGCGCGAACCGCGAGCUCAGUUGGACGUCUGCAGGCGUUGCUCGAGUCCCGAGGUCUGCCACCGCACCUGUUCGGUGCACUCGGCCCCAGGAUGCAGCACCUGCUGCACAGAAGCAUGGGCGGCAGUGGGGCCUCAAGUGGCUCCUCCUCCAAGGUGCAACAGCUGCUCACUGGACUUGCUAGCCUUGACGAAACCGUCCAGCUCUCAGCCGUCAUUGAGAUGUGUCAAAUGCUGGUCAUGGGCAACGAGGACACUCUUGCUGGCUUCCCUAUCAAACAGGUUGUGCCUGCACUCAUCAAUCUGCUCUCCAUGGAACACAAUUUCGACAUGAUGAACCAUGCUUGCCGUGCUCUGACCUACAUGAUGGAGGCGUUGCCCCGAUCUUCGGUGGUGGUGGUGGAUGCUGUGCCUUGCUUCCUUGAAAAGCUGCAGGUGAUUCAGUGCAUGGACGUUGCUGAGCAGAGCCUGACUGCCCUCGAGAUGCUGUCCCGGCGCCACGGCAAGGCUAUCUUGCAGGCUCGGGGAGUCUCUUCUUGCCUCACCUACCUCGACUUCUUCAGCAUCAAUGCCCAGCGUGCUGCCCUUGCCACCACAGCCAACUGCUGCAUGAACCUUCACCCAGACGAGUUCCACCUUGUCUCGGACAGCCUCCCUGUACUUGCCUCUCGUCUGACUCAACAGGACAAAAGAAGCAUUGAAAGUGUGUGCCUAGCAUUCAGCCGCCUAGUGGACAGUUUCCAGCUGGAUGCUAACCGACUGCAGACUAUUGCGAGUCCAGAACUGUUGGCCAAUCUGCAGCGCAUAUUGGUGGUGUCACCCCAGAUAAUCUCAACAGGCACCUUCAUCACGGUGCUACGAAUGCUGUCAGUGAUGUGUGCUAACUGUCCAUCACUGGCCCGUGAGCUACUGCGCCACAACGUGGCUGAUACAUUACUCUUCCUGUUGACUGGCAAUGCGACCACUGUGUCAAACAAUGAAGACGUUGACUUGGUCUCCCGCAGCCCUCAAGAGCUCUACGAGAUAACUUGUCUGAUUGGCGAGCUAAUGCCACGCCUUCCAACAGAUGGUUUGUUUGCUGUGGACGCCCUGAUUGAGCGUCCGGUGCCCGUGGCUCAGGACGCUGUAACCUGGCAGUGGCGCGAUGACCGAGAGCUGUGGCACUCGUACAGCUCUAUGGAUUCUAGAAUCAUUGAGGCAUCUCAUCAGGCUGGCGAGGACGAGAUUAGUCUCCCCACCCUUGGACGCACCUACACUAUUGACUUUCACUCCAUGCAGCAGAUCAAUGAAGAUACUGGCACCACAAGACCUGUCCUCCGCAGGGUUCUGCCAAUUGGUGGCCUCACCUUGUCCGGAUCAUCAGGGUCUGCUGAAGAAAAGAUGGACGCAGAGUCGGAGGAAGAUAAAGAGUUAGCAGCUGGCUUUGUCAGAUCGCUGUUUUCCGUGCUGUACGAGGUAUACUCCUCGUCGGCUGGACCGGCGGUGCGCUGCAAGUGCCUGAAGGCCCUUCUCAGGAUGGUGCACUUUGCAUCCGCUGAUUUGCUGAAGGAGGUGUUACGCAACCAAGUUGUCUCCAGCCAUCUGGCCGGCAUGCUGGCCUCACAAGACCUCAGAAUAGUGGUUGGCGCUCUGCAGAUGGCCUACACACUGAUGGAAAAACUGCCAGCUGAGUUUGGAAUCCAUUUCCGUCGAGAGGGUGUUAUGCACCAGAUAAAACACCUGUCAGACACUCCACUGCCACAAACUCCAGGAGCCCCUUCUUCGUCGACUACCAACAGCCCUGCUGGCGACAAACUUAGGAUCAAUCCUCCUCCUGCUGAGCUGCAGAGCGCUGCUGCUAGAAACCUGCAGGAGCCUCUUGAAUCUGAUGCCCAGUCCUCCAGUCACAUUAGAGUUAUAGGAGAUGCGCUCAAAAGGAAGAGGAAUGGUGGAAAGCGCUGUGCCAGCACUACGUCAAGUAGGAAGACUAGACCUGAUGAAGUGGCUUCCUCAAGUGCCAGUAUGCCUUCUGCAUCCUUCCAACCAAACUUGCCCUCAGGAUAUUUCAAAGUGAAACCUUUUGCUGGAAACUCACCUAGCAGUUCCAGUAGCAACAGAACAGGCACCCCAAGCAGUGUGGCUUCCAGUAGCAGCAACAGCAGCCCAGAUCCGUUUGCUCUGCUGGGAGCUACAGCUUCUGCUUCUGGGGGAGCCAGCAGUGGUGGAACUCCAAAUCGCUCCCGAUUCUCUGGAGCGAAGGCUACUUUCUUUGCUAGUCUCAACCCUGCCAAGUGGGGCCGUUCAUCAGCCACCUCCUCUUCUUCAGCCACAGCUUCGAGCGCUGUGUCCGCCUCGGCCUUUGGUGUCACUCACAAUGGCCAUGCGUCUGAGCACCGUCUCAAGGAACUGUCCCAUCUGAACAAAUCUUGCAGUGUGGGUGGAAUUGCUGCCGGCAACAAGGAAAAGGCGCGCGCCUGGGUCCGAGACCAGGCCCAGAAGUUCGUCACACUCUACUUUGACAACGAUGAAUCAAAUGGUGCCCACCCUGCCCUCAAUGUCCUCUCCAGACUUACUCAAGCUAUUGAUCGUCUCCAGUCACAGCCUUGGCAGGGCGACGUGGCAUUGGCGGAUCUGAAGGAUAUCGUGCUAACAUCAGACAUUUCGCCGUUUGAGGUCAAUCACAGUGGGCUGAUUGGCGCGCUGCUGCACUAUCUGACGUUUGAUCCAAACCAGGAGGCGUCGGCUGCGCCCCUGCAGUCAUCAGGCUCACAGAACAACAACAACAACAUCGAGUUGGAGACCAGUGAGGACUCGCUCGAUCAAAAGCCACACCCACCCAGAGAUCUCAAACUCCGAGUGUUCCUGAACGUCUUUGCCAACUGUCCUAAAGACGCCGAGUUGCUUGACAUAGCCACAAGCACGGGUUCUAUUGCUGCCUUCUCCGCGCUGGUCGCCAAACUGGGUGGCUGCAUUGCCCAGCUUGAGCAGUUCCCUGUCAAGGUGCACGACCUGCCAACUGGAACUAGUGGUGGCAGGACUGGAGGAACAAGUGCUCUGAAGUUCUUCAACACGCACCAACUCAAGUGCAAUUUGCAACGCCACCCCUCAUGCAACACCCUGAAGCAGUGGAAGGGCGGCACUGUGAAAAUAGACCCUUUGGCCUUGGUGCAAGCAAUUGAGAGGUACCUGGUUGUGAGAGGCUACGGCCGUCUUCGGGACAAGGAUACAGUGGACUCCGAUGAUGAGACCGAGGAAGACAUCGACGACACUCUAGCAGCAGUUGUCAUCAGCCAGAACAACGCACGCCAUAAGCUUCAGUUCCUGAUUGGCGACAACCCUUUGCCAUACAACAUGACCGUCUACCAGGCUGUCAGACAGUUCAGUGUCAACGCAGGCGCCUUUGGAAAUGACCAGUCUGAGACAGACACAGACUCCGAGGUGCCUCUUGGAAAUACAGGGCUCUGGGUGCAGACCCACACCAUCUACUACCGCCCCGCCCCUGAGGACGGACCGGCUGUGCCUUCCUCCAGUCGCUCAGGCACACAACCCCUUGCCAGCACUUCAUCAGGCGCCCCCUCUUCAUCAGGACACCACAGAAAGGGCAAGAGCUCUUCGAAAAGCAGCUCAAGACGCAGCAAAGAGUCUAGUGUCAGAAUGCCUGCGUGCCCAUUGAGCCAAUUCCUACUGCCUCGGCUUCCUGAAAAUGUGACCAUCAACGACGCCUCUCUGGAUGUGCUGUGUCUUCUGCGUGUGCUACACGCCCUCAGCCGCUACUGGGGCUCCCUCUAUCAGCUGCCUUUCUGCAAGCCACUGCUUACCCAGCAAGAAUUCGUCAGCAACAAGAUCUCAGCCAAAGCAUCUCGCCAGCUUCAGGAUCCAUUGGUCAUCAUGACUGGAAACCUGCCUGCCUGGCUUCAACAGGUUGCUUCUGCCUGUCCGUUCCUGUUCCCAUUUGAGGUUCGCCAACUGCUUUUCUAUGCCACCUCUUUUGAUCGUGAUCGCGCUCUUCAACGACUCCUCGAAGCUUCUCCUGAACUGAACUCUGCAGAGGCUCAUGAAAGGGUCACCCCAAGACUGGACAGACGUAAGAGGACCGUCUCUAGAUCUGACAUUCUUCGUCAGGCAGAGCAGGUUGUGCAAGACUUGGCUACUUCUAGGGCUCUCCUCGAAGUUCAGUAUGAGAAUGAGGUUGGCACUGGUUUGGGCCCAACCCUUGAGUUCUACGCUUUAGUGUCGCGCGAAUUGCAGCGGGCUGACCUGGAGCUGUGGCUUGGUGAGGCUGUGCCUGGCGGAGUGGACGGCCAGACUCAAUACGUUCACUCUGUGACUGGUCUGUUCCCAAUGCCGUUGGGCAAAAACGCCAAGGUGGUGCAGUUGGCGCGCGUCAAGGCCAAGUUCCGCUUCCUCGGUCGGCUGAUGGCCAAGGCGGUGAUGGAUUCGCGCAUGUUGGACAUGCCUUUCAGCCAGACGCUGUACCGUGUGCUGCUUGGUGAGCAGAACAUGCUUAGUCUGCCCGAUUUGGUGCACGUCAGCCCUUCGGUGCACGCCACCCUGGCGCGUCUGCAGCCGCUGGCUCGGCAGCACAUCAACAUUGAGCGUGACCAAGCCCUUGGUGUCGUCCAGAAGAAAGAGGCCCAAGAUAAACUGGCGCUCGACGGCUGUCCCGUCGCUGACCUCGGUCUCGACUUCACCCUCCCUGGUUACCCCAACGUUGAGCUCAAGAAGGGUGGAAAAGACCUUGCCGUCACCAUCCACAACCUAGACCUUUACAUCAAGCUGGUUUGCCAUUGGUUCCUGGUUGAGGGCAUUGCCAAACAGGUGGAGGCGCUGCGCGACGGCUUCGAGGCAGUCUUCCCGCUGGAACAUCUGCGCUUAUUCUACCCUGAAGAGUUGGAGGCUGUUUUCUGCGGCUCCCCGAUGGGUCCCACUGGUGCCAUUGCUUGGGACAUCAAGACCCUGAUGGAGUGCUGCAGACCAGACCACGGCUACACACCCGACUCUCGGGCCAUCAGGUUCCUCUUUGAGGUUCUCUCGAGCUACAACCAGGAGGAGCAGCGCAAGUUCCUGCAAUUCGUAACUGGAUCUCCCCGCCUUCCCGUUGGAGGUUUCAAAAGUCUGAAUCCGCCACUGACUGUCGUGCGCAAAACUCUGGAGCCCAACAUGGACCCUGAUGAUUUCCUGCCUUCCGUCAUGACCUGCGUCAACUACCUGAAGUUGCCUGAUUAUUCGUCCAUCGAAGUGAUGAGGGCCAAGCUCCAAGUAGCUGCCCAAGAGGGACAGCACUCUUUCCACCUUUCUUAGACUGGACGGAAGAUUAAAAAGACUUUCCAUUUGUACUCCGAGGUCAACUCUAGCUUCCUAUCACCUCCUAGUCUAGAUCCUCUCACCGUGGAUUAAACAAGGUCAUCCACUUUUCCUUUUCCGACUUCGCCCAGCUCCAUUAUCUCCCCUCAUCACCAAGCCAAGCACCCCUUCUGUCUUUCCGUUGGUUUCCGUCUGGUUUAAUUAUUUCCUCUGAAGACAAGAGUAGCCUGACGGACAGUGUGAUACAAUUAGUUAAGUGUGGUUGCUGUUGAAAAAUGAACCGUGAAACAAAAAAAGCCACAGAACUGGAGUAAUAUUUCAUUUUCACAAAAUGCUUUCUGUCUCUGUGUUUUGCAAAGGAAACCUCUGAUUCUGAGUUCGGCCAACCCAUCAAAGAAGGGUUGGUGUAGAUUUAAAAUUUCUCAUCAGUCUUAUCAUAAAUAAAAUGACAUGUAAUUAAUGAGUGUGUUUUUGAUUGUGACGCUUCGCUAAAAUAAAGAUUCAAUUCAAAAGC